AUGUCGUCCCAGAAAUCAACCAAACCCAAGAAACAGCUCAGGAUUACGAAUCCAUCAGGAUCCUCGUCUUUCAAAGGAGAAUCAUCGAGCAAGAGGGAUCAGGUAUACAACACAGUCAACGUCGGCCUCGACGUAGUGGCCAAUAUAGCAGAGGGAUCAGAUAUAUUGGGCCCUCUAAAAGCAGCUUGUCGAGCAACAAAAUCGGUCCUCGAUGUCGUACAGGCGAUAGAGAGCAACAAAGAAGAAUGGACAGACCUAACGCGACGUCUGAAGAGUUACAUGUCCACGCUCGAGGAACGAAUCGAUUUGUUCGAGGGGUAUCCUCUAAAGGACCGAGCCGUCGACGAAGCGUUUAGCCAACCGCUCAUCCACUAUGUUGAAUUCCUCGAAAGUAUGCAUGAUACGGUGGUCGAAAUUCAGGAGAAGCGCAGCCGCAACAGGCUCGGCUUCCUCAAGUCGUUCAGCAAAGUCAAAAUAGACGCAGGGGAGAUUCGAAAACUCAAUCGAGAUAUUGAAGAUGGGCAUAGGCAGUUCAUGGAGGCGUUGAGUCAUUUCACUGCACUACGUAUCCAAGCCGUCGAACAGAACACCAAAGUUAUUUUAACAGACGUCGAUGCAUCUGCUAUUCUCCAGUUGCCAACGGUAGCAUUUGUCGCAUCCUCAGUGCACAGUACUUGUCUGAAAGGAACGCGCGAGGCUGUUCUUCAGACGAUCUGGCGCUGGGCCGACGACGAUACGUCGGACAAGCCAAUAUUUUGGCUGUGUGACAUAGCUGGCUCCGGUAAAUCCACAGUUGCAAUGUCCGCAGUAGAAUCAUGGAGGCAGCAAGGAGUAUUGGGUGGGAGAUUCUUCUUCUCCAUAGCAAGCAGCGAAGGGUCGACCACCGACAAGUUUUGUUCCACAAUUGCAAGAGACCUUGUCGAAUAUCUCCCGGAGCUCGCGCCGCACGUUGCUGGAGCCGUGAAGCAGCACCCUUCUUUUAUGCGAAGCUCUCUUGAAGAGCAGUUCCAAAACCUUGUCGCCAAUCCUCUUCAUCAUUGGCAAGGGCGCGUAUUCAUUGUGAUUGACGCCCUUGAUGAAUGCAAAUCUGGAUCACAGCGAAGGGAACUUGUCGAAACCCUUUCCAAGGCGGUUCGAGGAAACAAAACCCUCAGGAUAUUCAUGACAAGCCGGCCAGACCCCGUCGUACAAGCAGUCUUGGGGUCGCUCUCGAUCAAAUCCAAGUUGGAGGAUCGCCUACAUGAUAUAACCCACCGUGAUAAUAUCGGCGACAUUGCGCUCUAUGUACACCAGUCACUAGAUGGAGUGCUGUCGGAGGACAAGAGGCGGAGGCUGAUAGACAAAGCCAACGGGUUAUUCAUCUGGGCAAGCACUGCAUGCCGAAUGCUCACCAACGAGACUAGUUUGGUCCCCACUGAGACUAUGUACAAUCGCCUUAUCUCCAUGGACCAGGUUGGAGCCAUAGACGAUCUGUAUGGUCUCAUCUUCGAGCGCACAGAACCUGGAAACCACGAAAUCAUGUAUAAAAUGCUCGCUCUGUUGCUUGCCGCAUUUGAACCGCUCACUACCGACGAUCUUGACGAUAUACUCAACUAUACUGGAGUACUCGGGAGCGCCAAGGCGUUGGUACGAAACCUUGGAAGCGUCCUUACCGAGGAUUCAACUACAAGAAUGGUUCAAUUUCGUCAUCCUACGCUCGUCGAGUACCUUCGACGCUGCUCCAAUACACCGAACAUUGGUAGCCGCAAUAGGGUAUAUAUCAGUAUUGCCAAUGCACAUGGUCAAGCGGCAUCGUGGUGUUUCAAAUGCCUCGAGUCACGGACUGAAGGUCUCAAGUUCAAUAUAUGCCAAAUCGAGUCAUCUUUCAAUCUAAAUAGAGAGAUACCGAACCUUGAUGCCAAGAUAUCAACGUUGGUUCCGAGGAGACUUCGAUAUGCUAGCUUUCAUUGGCUGUUUCACAUGGCGGAAGCUGACAACAACUGGCAAUCCACGCUCAAGGACAACCUUCGACAUAUUAUCCAAGUUCAAUACGUACUAUACUGGAUGGAGAUAUUGAGUCUCACUGGAGGAAUCUCACGAGCAAUAACUGGGCUGCGAGCCAUUACCAGCUGGACAGGGCUUGAAGAGGAAACUAGAAGCCGUAUGGACGAGAUACGACGAUUCAUAUUGGCAUUUUCGGUGCCAAUCCAGGACAGCGCUCCACACAUCUAUAUUUCCGCGCUUCCAUUCACCCCUACCAAGUCAAAACUGCAUAUUGAAGGCUUAAAUAAAUACACCAAUACUCUCAAAGUGUGUCGGGGGCUUGAGGAGAUGUAUCCCGGACUCCCCACUACUCUCCGAGGCCACGAAGACUGGGUUUAUUCUGUGGCAUUCUCUCCAGACAGCUCACAAAUUGUGUCUGGCUCAGACGACAAGACGAUUCGCCUAUGGGAUACAGUCACCGGUCAGCCGCUCGGAGAGCCCCUCCAAGGCCACGAGGCCGGGAUCCUUUCCGUUGCAUUCUCCCCAGAUGGAUCACAAAUUGUCUCUGGCUCGGAAGACCAAAAUAUUCGACUUUGGGACACGUCCACCGGUCAGCCGCUGGGAGAGCCACUCCGAGGUCACUAUGGCUCGAUACGCUCUGUUAUAUUCUCACCAGACGGCUCGAAAAUUGUGUCCGGCUCAGAUGACAAGACGAUUCGACUCUGGGAUGCAGCCACUGGUCAGUCGCUGAGACCGCCACUCCAGGGUCACGACGACGCGAUCACUUCCGUCGUACUCUCUCCGGACGGCUCACAAAUUGUCUCUAGUUCGGACGAUAAGACGAUUCGUAUUUGGGAUACAGCCACCGGCCAGCCGCUGAGGGAGCCGCUCCGAGGUCAUAGCGACUGGGUCAAUUCCAUCGCGCUCUCGCCAGACGGGUCUUGUAUUGUCUCUGGCUCGGAAGAUAAGACUAUUCGGCUAUGGAGUACUGUCAAUGGUCAGCCGCUGGGAGAGCCACUCCAAGGUCACAAUCGCUCGAUCAAUUCCGUCACAUUCUCGGCAGACGGAUCACAAAUCAUCUCCGGGGAUUCUGAUGGGAUGAUUAGACGUUGGGAAACAGGUACUGGUCAGCCACUGGGAGAGCCACUCCGAGGUCACGGUACCCAGAUUCUCUGUCUCGCAUUCUCAUCAGAUGGCUCAAAAUUCGUCUCUAGCUCUUCUGGACAGACGAUUAAACUGUGGAAUGCAGUCAGUGGUCAGCCAAUGGGAGAUUCACCUCAAGGUGACGACGGCUUGAUCAAUUCCGUGGCAUUCUCGCCACAUGGUUCACAAAUUGUCUCUGCCUCUUCCGAUAUGACGAUUAGACUGUGGGAUACAGUCACUGGCCAGCCGCUGGGAGAGCCAUUUCGAGGUCACGACAGCUGGAUCUCUUCAGUUGCGUUCUCGCCAGAUGGCACACAAAUCGUCUCUGGUUCAGACGAUAAGACGAUUCGCAUUUGGAAUGCCGCCACUUUUCAGCUGCUGGGAGAGCCACUUCGAGGUCACGACGGCACGGUCAAUUCCGUCGCAUUCUCGCCGGAUGGCUCACAGAUCGUCUCUGGCUCUGACGACCAGACGAUUCGACUAUGGGAUACGGCCACUGGUUCUUCGUUGGGAGAAUCCCUGCGAGGUCACAAUGGCUGGAUCUCUUCCGUCGCAUUCUCGUCAGACGGCUCACAGAUCGUCUCCAGCUCUUCUGACAAAACAAUUCGGCUUUGGGAUACAGCUACUGGUCAGCCACUGGGAAAGCCACUCCGCGGGCACUCCGGCUUCAUCGACUCCGUUGCAUUUUCGCCAGACGGAUCACGAAUCGUCUCUGGUUCCUCUGACAAAACAAUUCGAAUUUGGGAUACAGCUACUGGUCAGCCGCUCGGAGAGCCAUCCCGAGGCCACGACGACUUAAUCUACUGCGUUGCAUUCUCGCCAGAUGGCUCACAAAUUGCCUCUGGGUCACGAGACAACACGAUUCGACUAUGGGAUGCGGUUACUGGUCAGCCGAUGGGAGAGCCACUUCGAGGCCACACAGGUCGCGUCUCAACUGUUGCAUUCUCGCCAGACGGCUUACGAAUUGCCUCUGGCUCUUUCGACCGUACAAUUCGACUAUGGGAUGUCGACACUGGCCACCUGCUGGGAGAGCCAGUUCGAGAUUAUGGCGUCUGGGUUAAUUCCGUUACAUUGUCGUCCGACGGCUCACAACGUGUCUCUGGCUGUCUGGAUGAAGUGAUUCGGUUUCUGGACGGAACUGCUGAUCUUUCGGUCCCUACGCUCUUCAACGUCAAGGGAAAAAUUGCCCUUGUGACCGGUGGUGGCUCUGGUUUGGGCACUAUGAUGGCUUCAGCCUUGGUACAAAACGGAGCCAAAGUCUACAUCGCGUCACGAAAGGAGAAGCAACUCAAAGAGGUCACUGAGGCCCUGAAUAAGCAGGGUCCAGGGACGUGUUCGUACAUUGUUGCCGAUUUGAGUAGUAAAGCUGGAUGUGACGCUCUUUGCGACGCGUUCAAGGCCAAAGAGAGCAAGUUGCACAUCUUGGUCAAUAAUUCUGGCGCGACCUGGGGUGCACCAUUCAAUGAUUUUCCGGAAAAAAAUGGGUGGGAUAAGAUCAUGAGUCUCAAUGUCAAGAGCAUCUUCUACACCUCGACGUUGAGCACACGGCACAUUACCGUGAAUGCAAUUCUUCCCGGGGUGUUCCCAUCCAAAAUGACAGCGUUUGGAUUGAAUAGUGCCAUGGAUGCAUUCUUAAGCGCACAGCCGAUGGGCCGAGUUGGCCAACCAUCGGAUAUCGGAGGGGUGCUGCUGUUCUUGGUCAGUCCGGCAGCCAGCCAUGUUACCAACGCGGCAAUUGUAGUCGACGGAGGGCAACUAGUCAAGUAUGGUGCAUUUGCAAGACUGUAG